UUUUCGCAUGGAACGACUGGCAGAGUACGAAGUCGGCCUUUCAUCCUAUUUACUAUAAAUAAUGGAUGUAUGCAAUGUACAUGCUCCGAAUUGUUUGGAUCAACAAGAGUUGGAGGAAAUCUCUAAGACGUGCACUGUAAGUUUGCCUUGGAGCUCUCUUUCAGUUCUAAUAUGCCAGAAGCUUAAACAAACUGUUACAACUUUUGGCACUUUAUCUGGCGAAGCUGAGGUUCAGUUGAACGACCAAGUAGAAAAACUCUGCCAUAUUUUUCUUGAGCGUACAGCAGUUCCUUUUACUAUACAACGCAUAUGCGAACUACUAUUAAAUCCGAAACACUGUUAUAAAGAUGUCUUUAAAUUCUUAAAGGGACUUGAGAAAGUAGCGCAGAUUAAUUUAACUGUGGACUCUAAAGUUGAAAGCGAGGUGAAUCCCGCUAACUCCGAAAAUAAUACAAUGAUUCAGGAAAAUCUGGAGACCGCCAAUUAUAAUAUUGUUAAUGGAACUGCGGAAGAAGAAUUAGUCGACCACGCGGGAUUACCAAUGCAGCUCGAUCCUUAA